AUGCGCGUUUCCUGCAGCUGCGGCCAGAUCCGCGACUGCUGCUCCUGUCGCGCGGCUGCCGUGACCUCCUCGCUUGACAACCUGCGCGCUGCAGCUCUUUGCGCGCGACUGCUGUUCAUGGCGCCCGUGGCGAUCGGCAGCAGCGGCUGGCGCACGACUGCAGCAGCAUGCGCGCCGCUGCAUUACAUCGCACGUGGCGGCUUGUGCUGGUGGCGCACGGCUGCUGCUCCUGGCGGCCCACUGCUGCUACUCCUGGCGGCCCACUGCUGCUACUCCUGGCGGCCCACUGCUGCUACUCUUGGCAGCGCACGGCUUUCUCCUUCCUGCCGAGGUGACGCCCGGAGGUAG